AUGGACAUAAAGAAAUUUGAAUUGAUAAUAGCUGAUAAUAUACCACAAGGUGUGUUCAUUAAAGACCAGAACGAUCAAGUUAUAGAAAACAUAGGUAUUUCAGAAAAUGGUCAAUUCAUUUACAAUAAUAUCCAGUACGUUGUAUUUGAAAACAUUUUAUCAUUACGUCAGCAUCACAGUACGUUUGAAUACGAUGAUUUAGCUAUCAAGGAAUUUUCAAUAAUGAAUGUAAUAUCUGCCCAAAAAGUGUUAACAUGGAUUGCUACAAUCCAUCAACAUUCUUUAGAUUAUCAGACCGUACCUUGUAUGUCAUCGAUAACUGAUGCACUACAGACUAUAAGUGAAGAGUUAAAACUACAAGCAGAUGAUGCUGCUGCAGAUAAUAAUUUAAAAGAAAUGUUCAAUAUUUUCUUGAAUCUUCUAAAUGAUUUAAUAAAAGAAAUUACACCAGAGCAAUUGGCUAUAAUUUAUCAAUAUAGUAAUAUCGCUAAAUUGAAAAUUGGUGAUCUACCUUUAUCAGAUUUGCUGAAAAUUUCAAGUCAGUAUCUUUAUGAUCUUCUUUCUUACAAUGAAUCGAUGCUUGAGCGAGUUAGUUUAACAUAUCCAAUGCAAAUGCUUUCCUAUGUAAUGCGUAUCUUUCUUCUUCUAUUCUCCCGUUUUAAUAUCCCGUUCACCGAUGACGAAACAAUAUUAAUUCAUGAAAUUACCGCAAUUUUGAUUGAUCUUUUAUCUGAUCGACUCACAACUAAUGUAUAUUUAAAACAUGGCAAUAGUUAUGCAACAGGAAUGAUACAGCAAAUUAAUCGUAAAUAUCCGGCAUUAGCAAAUGUAACUGAUAUUAAUAAGGUUGAUCAAUUCUUACAAAAUAAUUCAGAUUUUAAGAAUUUCAUCGAAAUUAACUAUCGUGAUUUCAAUUUAUGGCCUUUUGUGUUAUCAAUUAACAUGACGAUACAACAUCGAGUUUUGUUUAAUAUAAAAUCAUGUCUUGACAAUUUUCGCUUAAGAGAUCAUAAAAAAAUUGAUGUACAACCAAAAGAAGUCAUUGAUUUACUUGAAAAAAUAUGUGAACCAUAUGUUCAAACAAAACAAUAUGAACGUUAUAACGAGGUAUGUUUCAAACAAAUUGUCAGUUCGGAACUGUUUUCAAAAAUUUGUAAUUUUAUGUGUACUUGA